UCAAACAGGAGAUUUCUGUGGGUCCCAAUCUUGGCCCAGGGGUUGCUCUUUUGUGAGAAUCGCGUCGUUUGGAGUGUUUCUAAAGUGAACACGACUCUCAGGCGUGUGGAUGGCACAAAUUACGGGGAGAAAAUGACGCGAGAGAAGAUAGAAUAACUGGAAGCUAACCAGCGAUGACCAUGGAUGAGUUCCAUCCCUUCAUCGAGGCUCUGCUGCCUCAUGUGAAGGCCUUCUCCUACACAUGGUUCAAUCUACAGGCAGCUAAACGAAAAUAUUACAAAAAACAUGAAAAACGCAUGUCAAUGGAUGAAGAAAGGCGGGUCAAGGAGGAACUACAGAGCGAGAAGCCAGAGGUUAAGCAAAAGUGGGCAUCAAGGCUAUUGGCCAAACUACGAAAGGACAUCACGCAGGAGUGCCGCGAAGACUUUGUGCUCAGCGUGACAGGAAAACGCCCACCUGUCUGCGUGCUGAGUAACCCCGAUCAGAAGGGAAAGAUGCGGCGUAUAGACUGUUUGCGACAGGCCGAUAAGGUCUGGCGCCUUGACUUGGUCAUGGUGAUACUCUUCAAAGCAAUACCUCUAGAAAGCACGGACGGGGAGCGCUUAGAGAAGUCCCCUGAAUGUAUGCACCCACACCUUUGUGUUAACCCCCACCACAUCAGCGUGUCCGUGAGAGAGCUAGACCUCUACCUGGCCAACUUUAUACACAGUUACGUCCCAGACCCUAGAGAUUAUUCUGAGAUGCAAAUGAGUAAUGACCAGGAUAUUAAAGUUCCAGGUAACAUCCACUCAGGUGUGUCUGGCAAUGACAGUAUUAUGGCUACUGGGGUGUUCUCAGCUAAAGAGCUGUUGCGGGUCACAAGGCCUUCCAUAAUGAUGCCCCAGAACGGCACCCACAUGAUGCAGCAGGCCAAGCUGGAUAGCCCUAACUACUACACGUACAGCCCCCACGAGCAGGCCAUGGUGGUGGGCAUGCACCACGGGAUGCAGAACGGCCAGUCCACCCUCAGCCCCUCGGGGCACCCCCACAAGCGCCUCAAGCGAACCCCCAUGAACUCCAUGUCUCCGGUUGAUGAUGAGGUGGAAAGCGUCGGUGAUGAGGCCGAGAAUAUGUCUGGUUACUACGGCAAAUCCCCUGCCAGUCUCAGCAGCUCCUCCGGCUGGCAGAGUGAACCCAUGGAUCCGGCAGGAAUGGCGCAUGCCACGCGGACCCACGUGGCCACUCCCCCGCGACCCAUGAGUACCCACACUCCAGGAAUGCAACCAGCCGGUACCCCCCAUCCGCAGCCUCAGCACACGCCACCCGGCAGUGGCACAGGAUCAGCAGGCAUGCAGCCUCCUCAGCAGCUGACAGGCCUUAACUCCAGUCAUGGCUCCCAGAGCUCCUCCAGCAGGUAUCAGGAUGGCCCUGGGGGAGACACCUUUAAUGACUUUGUCACACUGGUUUGUCAGGAGGCGCAGAACACUCAGGGUCAAGUACCUACGGGGUCGCCUCCACCAUCAAUGAAGAACCCCAAACUGCCCCAUUUUUUCGCACCUGGUAUGCUGCCACCCCCACCUCCCCCUCCCCCGAAUCUGGCGCGCCCUGUGGCUAUUUUAAAGACAUCAGAUGGGCAGACUGUGGUGGGAAGCACAUCAUCUGUCUCUGGCAAUGGUCAAUCUGGACCGGUCAGCCUGUGUGUGUCCAGUUCUCCGGGCACGCCCCCGGUCAGCCGAUCGAUCAUGUCCAGCCCUUUCACCGCCUCCCCCCCCCGACCUGAGCAUGUCUUCGCACAUAUCCACCCCCAGAGUCAACAGGUGUUCACAUAUCCCAGUAUUAGCCCCGUCCAGGGUAUCAGUGGGGUCAUCAGCCCCACCACCUUAAACUUCUUUGCCUCACCGGUGGCCACUCCUCGGACGACACCCCGCUCCACCCCAAUCCCGCGCUGGACCACCCCAUUUAUCCCCCUUGAUGAGAACAUGGACUACAGUAUGAUAGCUAACCUGGUGCAUGGGGUCAACCCGGAGGAGGCCCUGCUCAAUGAAGAGAGGUUCUUCCCUGUUCAGAGCGGUGAUGGGAUGGAUGCCAGUCACCACCCUCCCCCGCCUGGUUCUCAGCACCACCCCCCUCCCCCAGCUCCUCACCCACCCCCAGGAGCUCAGGGCGCGGGCAGCAACACAGGUCACACCUCACCCCACAAACCCUCCAGUCAAGGCCAGCAGACUUGAGGGUAGAGUCGUAGACCUGGGCCCCUCAGGGCACCUGCACCUGGACAUCACCCGAUUUUGGAGCCCGGUCAUACUCAGGGAGGUCGGCAGGCCGAUCUCCUCGAGGGAGGUGAUAUUAGCUCAUCAAUUGACUGUUAAUUGUAUAAAGUGCUGGAGCUUGACUGUGAUGUUUUUAUUGCUGUAUGUAGGCGUGUUACCACUAGUUUAUCUGACCCGCAGUCUACACAGAUAGAUAGUAAUAUAUGACUUAUUGUACAGAACGCUCUUCACAGUGAAUUUGAACAUGUGUUUUUUUUUCUUAUAUUCUUUCUUAACCUUAUUUAACAGUUUGUAAAUUCCAUAUUUAUUAUUAGUUGUGUUAUAUUAAGUAAUGUUAUUCGCCUUGUACCAAAGUCAACCAUGAGUUAUCUUCCAUGUCGGUAAGAGUUCAGGGCCUUUGUUUUGACCCUGCACAUUCUCCCUCCCCCAGCCUGUAGAUGUUUGUUGCUUGAAGUGUUGUGUUAAUGUCUACUGUGUAGUGGUCGACUCACCCCUCCCCCCACCUCCUCGGCAUCCCUGGGGCCUGUGGGAUGACACUGUUAAUGACUAAUGUUUAUGUUGGUGUAGUUAGUGAACUUGUCUCUUAUGUACAGACAUAAAUUAUGAAGACUGUACAUAAUCUUAGGAGUGUCCCUUACACAUGCACAGUAUAUACCUAUGUAUACUCCUGCAAACAAUCAGUAUUUCAAAACGCUGCAGUAGCAAAAUGCGUUAGGUGCUUUCAGGCCAGGCAAGUGGAUUACCAACUGCCUACCAUUUUUUUCCCCUUUUUUUUGUAUUGCAUUACCAAUGUAAGUUUUUUAUAUGCAGAAUUUGGUAACACAUAUGCAUAUGACUUAAACCACAGGGCAAGACAGGUGUUGAUUUAGCACACUGGCAUAGCUAUGCAAUGUUCCUAUCGUACUCUCUUCCAGGUUCAAGGCCUGCCUACAACUUGGCCACGAGCUGUGAUGUCAUAGGCAGGAGCAUCCUCCCGGCGAGCCCUCACACGAGAAGUGAGCCAAAGCUCCAGUUUACACUCUAUUUAUUCUCUAUUUUAAUCUUAUGUGUACUAGUCUAAGGUGACUGAUUGUGUGGGCAGCUAGAGUGCUUUUAGGGUUUAUUGACCAGUUUGUUUUUUAUGUUUAUCCCUUUCUGUGUACAGCCGGCUUGAUGAGAAAUGUCACAGUUGUUAAUUAGUGGACGGAGCAGGUUUAGCAGUUGAAUGGUCAGGAGCUCAGCAGAACAGAGACUAACAUCCAUAUACUGGAGUGGAGUGGUUGGUUAAUAGAAACAUACUCAUCAGAAAACUUAUGUAGGUAUCUGUGACGGCCUUGGUGAAUAUACAUUGUAUAUUUUCAUGCAAACAGUUUUAGAACAAAUUUUAAGCAUGUUCAAAGUUUUUUUUAUUUUAUUCACCUUCUAUACAGAAGAGCAGUACAGGUGAGAAAACCUUUGCUACUGGGAGGUAUGCUAGAGUACUGCUUUGUAGCUAUGUUAAGAUGUAUUUUUGUUGUUAUGUUACAUGUCCUUAAUGUUGCUUCUGUACUCUGGUCCCUGAUGAUGGCAUAAGUCCACAACAGCAAUAAGCUAAACAUUCUCUGGGUUUUACAGUUUCUUUGUAAAAAUCUGACGAGUGCAAAUAGUGACAUGUAAGCACAUAUACUAUCAAUUGUGAAACCUCAGUAAGUUGUCUAUCCUGAUAAUCAGAGGCUAGUUUCACCAGGAAAUUGUUGGUGGAGGUGUUGCAGGUGACAUUUCACAAUUGUACUUCUUGCACUGUUAAUCCCUGUGAACUGGAACUGGUUGUUCAAAAGUGUAUUAAAGGUUUUUUUUUUUUUAAUUUGUCUCAUUGUAAGACAUUUAUAUUACUAUGAUAGUGAAAAUUUUAUUCCACCCUGAAAAAGAUAAUUACAGGGCUCAAGUCUUAAUAUACAGGCUAGUAUGACUCUCUCGUGCCAUGCAGAGAACAGUAGACACUCUGCAGUAUUAUUGAUAAAGUAGGCUAAAUAUGGUUUAGGUAGUUGCUUUUAGUAUGGACUUGUGAUGUCUUGUCCCAUGUAUUUGUUCCUGUUAUUGUAUUGCCAUUAGUGCUUCGUCGUACAUCUGUACUUCAACUGCUAAACAUGUUCCAUCUUCACCUGAGUUUGGCAAACCAUCUAUGCAAUUUUUUUGCCAUUGUUUUUUGUAUGAAAAUCAAACCUGUUUUAUGAAGAAUUUCCAUGUGUGUGUACAUGUAUGUGUGGGGUUAGAGUUGUAGGGAAGAGGAAAGUCACUAUCUGGUUCAGUUUUGAAUUAUUUACUAUUUGUAUUAUUUUCUCCAUAUUGCAGAACUGUGAUAUCAGUGUAUAUUUUGUUGUUGUCUUCCUCGUUUAUUAAUCUAUGAUUAUUAUUUUAUUCUUAUCAUUUGGUCGUAGAUACGUAUUGUAAUCCCUGUUUAUUGUACAGAGAGUUAAGUUAUAAAUGUAAACUAAGAUGGCCUGUUUGAGCCCUCUUUAUACUCACAUUUAAUAACAGUGUGGGACAGCUGGGACAGAUUCAGGGAGACAGGGUAGGGAAGGGAAAUGGGGGAAAGAUGGUGGUGUCGGGGGUGGGAAAGUCAAAGAAGCCAAGAGUCAAUCUCAUAGUGAAAAAAUUAUACCCUGCUGUGUUGUUGGGGUCUUUAGAUAGAAAAAAAAGGAUCCAAAAUAUUUGGUAUUUAAUAACUUAAUGUCCCAGGAAUUUAUCCAUGUGAACAGAUUUAUCAGCAGUGUCAUAAAUGUGGAAAUACAUUGUGUUGGGCCCACUGCUUACUAUGUAGCUCCCAUAUGUAUUAAAUACCAAUUUACUACCUGAUUCAAAUUUUUUCUUAAAAAAAAAACAACAACAGAAAACAGUUAAUUCCAAAGCUGUAUGUAAUAUGAUGAAAAAUAGGUGGGGGUGUUUGGCCCAUACUCUGCAGCUACUCACAAGCUGUUUGGCCAUACUCUGCAGCUACUCAAAAGCUCUUUGGUCCAUACUCUGCAGCUGUUUGGCCCACACUCUGCAGGCCUUUGGCCCAUACUAUGCAGCUACUCAAAAGCUCUUUGGUCCAUACUCUGCAGCUGUUUGGCCCACACUCUGCAGGCCUUUGGUCCAUACUCUGAAGCUACUCACAAACUGAUUGGCCCAUACUCUGCAACUGAUUAGUCUUCAUUAUUAUCGGUUCACCCAUGCGUGAAGAAAUAACAUGGAGGAUGUGGACUGCAGAUAUUCAGAGGGAAGGGGUUGGGAAAUGGGUUGGGAGUGAGGGAACUUUAAAGCUGAAGGAAACUAACUGACUUUAAUAGAUUGUAGACAUUUGUAGUAAUUUGUUCUGUUGUUGCUACUAACAAUAUGAUUUUAGUGAAGAUAUUAUUCAUCUUCAGUGAACGAUGAUGGUUUUUGUUUAUUUAGAGACACACAAUGUUGGUUCACGGCAGUAAUCCCCAAAAUACAGAGAUGGCGUAUUUUUGGAGAACGUUGUUGUUGCGUACGUAUGAUUAUUGUGGUUUUUAUUGUUGCCUUUGUUUAGAAUUACAGCGUUCUAUAGACUGGUUUUAUCCGUGCUGUUGCAAGAUCUGAUCUUGAUGAUAUAUUGAAAUAACCUGUUUUAUUUAAAAAAAGAAUAACAUGUUUUGUACAAAUGCCUCUAGAACAACAAUUUUGGGUGAUAAAGUUAGUGCUUGGUAUGUAGCGCUGACAAUGUCAUUAUACAUGUCUUAGGGUGUGUUUGUGUGCAUAGGCUGCAUUCAAUGUAUUGUGUAACACACAGCGACACAAAAUGGUGAUUUGUAAACACGUUCUGCCUGCUGAAAUGGAUAAAUCAAUGUAACAUGCAAUUUCACCAGAAAAGGUUUUUGAUUCUUUGCUAUACUUUUCUCAACAUUUAAACUUUUUUUUUUUAACAUGUGUGAAAAUCUUAACUGAACUGAAAUCUUGAAUUACCAUAGUUUAUCAACCUUAAAUCGAUUAGUUACAAGUACUGGUUAAGAAUUGCAUGAAUGUUCUAGAGGAUUGUGAUGGUGAUUAGUUAAGAAUUACAGUAUUGUUUUUGGGAAUUACACUGAGAAUUACUGUAAUAUUGUUGACGAUUGUACUGUGCAAAAAUUACUGCAAUGUUUUUGAGGACUGUACUGAUUGAGGCCAGAGUUUCACAUAUUUAGAUACAUCCCUGACUGUCUUGAUAAGACACUGUGUUAGAAAGUCUUUUUUUCUUAAUUAAAUGAGGGACAAUUUACGAAGCGCACAGCUUUAUGUGUCGAUUCUUAAACCAACAUGGCACAUCGUUCCCUGAUUUCCAGUCUUCAAGUAGAAAUGGCUAAUAUUUAUGUUAUCUUUGUCUUUGAUGAUGAUAAUUUAUAUAUCAACAUGUUCUCUUCAAGUUCUUCUUAAAGUAUGUGAUGAAUGCAAAUCUUGUUGCUGUUUUGACUCCGUAGAUUGAGAGCAAUCAACAAUGUGGACGAAAAGUUUCAGUGGGCUGAAAAGAGGAUUGAUGUGUAGUUAGAUAUCUAGUCUGAUGCAGAUGGGUGCCUUAGCAACACUAUCAAAACACUUGUAAAACUGAGAGGCAUUUUCCACCCACCCACCCACCCACCCUCUCUAUCUCUCAACUUACAUUUCCAUUUUGUUUUUGCCUUAACCAAUGUGUGCAUGCUCAGAUGACUUUGCCUGUAUUGGAUAUAUGACAGUGGCUUUCAGUGAACAGCACCUGUUAUUCAAUGCCUUAUUAUCUAAAUAAACAGUCACUUUUUUUUGUUUUUUUCUCAUGUUAUAACAUGUGUACAGGAAAAUGGCUUAACAGAUUGUAAUCGCAGAAUUACCUACCUCAGUUUUUUGUAAAAAAGAAAAUGGAAAAGAAAUGUUAUUAAAUUUGUACAGGGAUAUCUUCCAGUUAAGCUUUACGUCUUGCCUCGUGUCUAACUUGUGACAUACUUCGAUAUUGUUUUUAGAAUCUUUAGUACAUAUGUGUUAAAUUCGGAAGCAAGGUCAAGCUGACCUUGAAAUUUGAUUGGAUGAGUAAAAACUUAUCUAAUCAGAUUCAUUCGGUAUUGGUCUUGAAUAGAGGUGUUACUUUCUUUAUCAAAUUGACAUGAUGUCAGAUAAAUAAAAUAAGAGUGCCCAAAUAAUUAAUACUGAAGUCAAGAUAAACUAACAUGAAAUGAAGUCUUUCAAAAGUGUGGAAAUCUGAUGAAGUUAAUUAGGGCAGUUUAAUGAAAUGUAAUGUUAUUUAAAUUUGACUGAAGUAUUAGAAUGCAAAUCGUACUACAAAUUCUACAUGUAUUUCAGUGUAAGAAUAACGCUGCUAGAUCUUCCUGUAGUCAACAAGCUUUGUUCAGUCUGUGGUUCCAUCGGCGGUUUGGCGUUGCACAUGUCACUUACAAAAACUACAAAUCUAUGCAAGUCCAGAAAAUUCCACUUUUGUGUGAAAUCUUUCUUAAUAAGCGUGCAGUUUUGCAAUAAGCAAGGUCGUAGUUUAGCAUACUUGUGUAACUUCAUAAUAUCAUUGGAUUGGUGAAGAACGGAAUUUCCAGGUUAAGUGAGGAACUAAAAAGUUUCUUGUUCUGCUAACAAGGAUACUGUUAGUUGUAGAUUAAGUGUUCAGCCUUCAGCAGUAUGGAGUUGAGAUAAAAGAGGGCAGUUAAUAUUCUCUCUACAGAGUCAUCUGGUUAUUUUAACUGGGCAAACUUAAAUAAAACUGUAUUGAUGAAUUUUGCUAAACUUUUCCUUUAAAUCACAUUGUCUUGCAAGUCACAUUGUCUUGCAAUGUGAUCAACCUCUACAGCCUUUCUGAAUGAAGUUGAGAGAAAAUGGAUUUCCAUGUAAUAUGAAACUGGUCUCAGAGAAACUGGUCUCAGAGUAAGGAUGAUCUUAGGAAAGAGUUUCUUUGUAUCUUGUUGGCUUACGAUGUCUGGACACCAGUUUUACAAUGGUUGAAGUAUGUUUGAAGUGUUUGGAAAAUGGGUGACUUGGAUUCUUGUUCGAAAUUUGUUUGAAGUACCGACAUCUGGAUCUGUGGGAUAUUGGUGAAGUUGGCUUGAACUAUCUGGCAACAGUUCCUUUAGGAUCUUGGGUGAAAUGGGUUGAUUCUUCUCUGUCGUGUACAUUUAGGACCAUUAGCACAUACCUGUCUCGUCUUCGGUCAUGCUUUUGAAUGACCUACGUUUAUCUGUAUAUACUUGUACAUCUGUAGACUUACUAUCAACUUACAGAGGUUUUUGUUUAUUUAAGCUGUACACAGGCUGUUGGCAUGACAAGAGAGCUUUAGAGGGCUUAGGGCUUAGCGCCUUGCAAGGGUUGAGCAUUAGUGGGGUGGGGGGAUAAGCAAGGUCCCCAUGGACGCAUGUAGAGUGUAUAUAGCCAGGUGGACUGUGUUCGUCUAGAUGUUAAUUUAUUGUCUCUCUAGAGAGGUACAGUAAUGGUAUUCUCUGUGUUGACAGGCAGGUUGGAAAUGGAGUUGACUGGGUAGUGGUUACCAUAUCUUCUGACUGUUUUUAUAACUCACUCUGGUCAUGGAUUGAUAUAAAUCGUUCAUGUAGUGUCAUUGGGUUACCUCAUAUGAUGACUUUAGUUAACGUUUUAGUGAUGAGUUUCUUCAUUUAUCAGAGACUUACCAGAAAUAGCCACUGUGCAUGUAUUGGGGGCACAGAGUCUGUCAUAGGCUGGUUCUGAAAACACCUGGAACUGGAGGACUGUGGAAGGCAGCAUGAUACGAUCAUUGUGAUUGGCUGGUAUAAGUUUGGUUUCCAAGAGACCUUGGUUACCUCACUGUUAUUGGUUUGUUACUGUAGUUCAAAUGGCCAAAUUUCCUGCUGCAUUUGGCCCAAAGUUUGUGGGGUGGCUAUAGUCUUUGAUCAUUUUCACUGAAGUCUCAUCAAGUAGCCACUCCCUAAACUGACUCUUGCUAGACUAGACGAAAUAUCUGUACCGUUAGAACUGAUAAUCUUGUUGGAUUCCAGCUGGUGUAUUGUGGAAGGGGAUAUCAGGUCUUUCUCUCGUUGGUAUCUUGCCUUUGAUGGAUACUAAAGUUUGACCUCUCCAUCCAAAAAGAUGUCAAGGGCUACUUGGGAGGGAAAGGCUCCUUCAGGAGGAGCUCAAUAACGAUAAGUCAGUGUAAAAACUGUCAGCUAGAUAAGACUUUAGUGAGAUUGGGGCCUCUUUCACAAGAUUUCUCGCAAUUUUUUUCACUUGAUUUCCUAAUAAAUUAUGUCGCUUUAUGGCAUGAUAAACAAGACAACAAAAUUUAUGAAAAUUAAGUGAAGGAAAGUUGACUUAUGAAGGUUGUGGAAGUGGCCUUUGAUCUCCAAUUUGUUGGAUCAGUCUGGGAUCUGCCAAAUUCUGAUUUGAUGGUUAUGUAAUGUCUCACAAUCAACUCAUGUAGGAAAUGAUGAGGCGUAUGUUAUUGUUUUGUUGGAUCUGGUGGCUGGAAUGCCAUUGUUACUGACUGGGUAGGAAAAUCUGUGAUUGGACGGGCCAGGUGUUACUAUUGUACUGUCUCGGCCGUCUUUGUUAUGUUAUAUCAUGUAUAGAAUGUAUCUUAAACCCCACGUGGGAAUUAAAUGAAACUUUGGGAAGAUGGCAGGUAUACCGCAACAGACAACAAAUUUCAUUUUGUACAUGUUUGUAUAUUUUUUUUUUUGAGGUUUUAUACCAUUUACUGAGGGAUGUAAUAUAAAAUUUUUUUUUACAUAAGUUUCUUUCCUGUCAUUAUUUUCAGCUCACCCUUAGUAAUACAAAUCCUAGUAUGUAGCGGCAGUAUGAAACACACUUUGUUUCUGGAUUAGUUUCAUCUGGAGCCAGUACAAAGUCUCCCUUUAGAAUGUCAUCAACCCUUCCUCCUUCUGCACAUUUAUUAGUUUUUAAUAUUACACUAUUUCUUAAUUCAUUGAACUAAGCACUGAUUUUUAUUUAUAGAGCCUGAUCUCCAUUUGAAUGAAAUGUAGAAUGUUUUCAAAUGAAUUUAACAAAUUCUAAUUUCAGUGUAAAGGUGGUUGAAAGAGGAGGGGUGGGGGGCAUAGUUUCUUUUAUCAACUGUGAGAGUGUUAAUUACAGGUAAAACGUUUUUGACUUCAGAAGAAAUUGUGUCAGAUGAAGUAACUAUUGUCACUGAUUUCAGGGCAAUUAGUUUUGAUCAGUAUUUCAUAGACUGGGAAUGGAUCAGGAAUGCUAGGAAGGGUUGAAAUUGUUAGCGGAUAAAAAGGUUCUAGAUUGUUUUGCACAUGCGACUUAUUUAACCAAUAUCGGAUCGCCAUGGCAAUACAGUCCAGAAGUCAGUUGAUUUUAACCUAGAGUUAUUUUUUGUAGUGAGAAAUAUGGCUAGGUGCUGUUACAAACCUUGUCUUCUCAGAUACAAAUUUUUAAGAAAAAUACCACACGUGUUGUUUGUUGUUGCUAAUAAAAUGUAAAAAAAA